AGAACUCAACGCUUUCUACUUCCUGUAUCUACUUUCAUUGCCACCUGAUCCCAAGGAUAGCGGCAGCAGCCUGUCCUGCUAGUGUUGUUUGAACACCAAGCUGCACUUGUUAAGAAUUUAAACAACCCUACGCGUGCUUCCACAUGUUGGGCGAAUAGAUUCCCCACUCAGGUCCAAUCUUACGCGCUUACAGAUUUGUAUAUUCAUAAUACAGUAGGAUAUUUUUUUCAGGUGGACUGUUCCAGUCGGUGACGCUUCUCCCUUUGCGACGAAAUGUCCAUUUCAGCCGCUGGUGCUGCUGCCGCCGUACUGAAAAAGAAACAAGUUCGCUUUGCUGCGACCGAAGAGGUCGAUGAAGACGAGGAACAUGAAGAAGACACGCUGUUUGAUAUGAGGAAAGAAAACAAGAGGAGCCUGAAGGGAUUACUCAAAGGAGGCAAAAGGCCCGUCCACCCCGACUCUGACCAAGUGGCAAUCAUCCGAAGAAAUAGAUCGAGUCGUGCUGCUGCCGGGGCAAGUCGAUGGCCGACAUCACUCACUUUGUGUGCUUCGUUUCUGGGGCUGGGGAUGAGCAUUGCUGUGCUGGGCCCCACAUUUGAAGACCUGGCGGUCAAUGUCAAGCAGAACAUCAGCAACAUUUCCUACAUCUUUGUGGGCCGAUCCAUGGGGUACAUCGGGGGCUCUGUGGUGGGAGGGAUUGUCUUUGACUGCAUGAACCAACAUCUCCUGCUGGGAUUCUUAUUGCUGAUCACAGCCUUAGGAUUGUUUGCCAUUCCCUUUUGCAAAACAGCCCUGCUGCUGACUGGCAUCAUGUCUCUCAUCGGGGUGUCAAUGGGGUUUCUAGAUACAGGUGGCAACGUCCUCACUCUAAACACAUGGGGCGACAAGGCAGGACCGCACAUGCAGGCCUUACACUUCAGCUUUGCAGUGGGUGCCUUUGUGUCACCAGUCAUCGCCAAGCUCAUACCUGGGAAAUUUCCCUUCCCCAGUGCCCACUUUGCAUCAGGCAAAAAUGUCAGCAUAGAAGCCAGGGGCGUAUCGAACACAGAUAUGUACACCAACGUGAGCAGCCAAUUCUCUCAAGCCCUGAACAUUACCCAUGAAAAGAGCACCUCCAUGUGGUCCUACAUUGUGAUCGGCUCCUUCCUGCUGCUGACCUCGCUCAUUUUCUUCAUCCUCUACGCCCGGAGCAGUCCCUCCCGCGCAAGAGCCAAGGCUGAGGAAACACAGCUGGUGGCUAGGCAUCAUAACGUCCUCAUCCUGCUGCUCUUCUGCUUCUUCUUCUUCUACGUGGGAGCUGAGGUAGCUUACGGCUCUUUCAUCUUUACCUACGCCAAGGACUUUGUGGGGAUGGAUGAGAACCAGGCUGCUGGCCUCAACACCCUGUUCUGGGGCAGCUUUGCAGCUGUCCGUGGCCUGGCUAUCAUUUUUGCGAAUUGCCUUAAGCCUGGCACCAUGAUCCUGCUAGACCUGGUGGGUUGCACGGUCUCCUCUCUUUUCCUCACCCUCUACUACCAAAACAGUAUUUCCCUGUGGGCUGGUACGGCAGUCUAUGGGGCUUCCAUGGCUACCACCUUCCCCAGCGGGAUCUCCUGGCUGGAGCAGUACACUAAGAUAACUGGAUGUUCAGCAGCAGUCUUUGUGGUGGGUGCAGCCCUAGGAGAGAUGGUGAUCCCGUCCGUUGUUGGUUUCCUGCUGGGGAAGACGCAGGACAACCCGGUGCUGAUGUACACUGCACUGGGGACCUCCACCAUAUCCGCCAUCCUCUUCCCAGUUAUGUACAAGUUGGCAUCCAGCCAUAGCUCAGAUGGCAGAAAGCUGAGUGAAAGAAGCUGCUCUGGAGAGGACAGUGAGGACCGCAAGGCCUUGUUGUCGUCCGAUUCCUGCCUCAACGGAGAAGAGGAAGAGGAAGAUGAGGCUGAGCAGUGGAACGACGCCGAUUUUGAAGUGAUCGAGAUGAAUGACAGCUGUCUUAUGAACUCUCCAAAUGAGACUUGUCCCCCUCCCCUUGACACUGCAGUCAAUGCCACAACCAUCGUUGCCACUGUCGUCACAGAAUCCUCCACAAAAGUCACAGAGAACAGCACCCCCUCUCGCUCCCCAGUCUUUCUCGAGGGCUCGCCUAGAAAAAAGCUGCUGCUUAGCCUAGAGAGAGAGAAGAAUGACUGAGCGGCUGUAGUUUGAUCUACGAACACAAGCCUCUUUUACUGAGCCAGGUGGGGGAAAACAAGUGUUUGUGUGCUGUUGAGAAACACUUCUACCUUACUGAACAGCAGGCUAUGCUGAGCUGUGUAGGACUCUCAUCCUUCUCCUUUUGCAUGCGCUGCACAUUAAGAAAGCCUACGUAAUGUGCGGUGGAAAAAUAAAUCCUUUUUCAUGUGUUUUUGCCACUCAAAGUCCUGCGGAUUAAAAAAAAGGUUAUAGCCAAACAGAAGAACAAUUAAAUAAAAAAUAUUAAUGAUCAUUAAUAUGUAACAACAUGAUUGUGGGUAGAUCAGCUGGUAUACAAGGAUGUAUUUUGUCUUUUUGUUUGCCUAAACAGCCCUGGGAUGAAGUGUGGCUACAUUUAAUGUUGCACAAAAACAAAUUGAUCAGAAGUGAAAUAAUGUUGAUCACGUUUUAUUUUAAAUCAGAUGAAAUAUGUAUAAAAAAAAGUAGAUUAAAUAUGAAAGAUAAUAUAUGAUAAUAUAAAUAUGUUGAAUCAAACACUGUUUUUUUUGUGUGUGUGCUGUAAAUGGAUUUUACAAGGUUGAGGUGCUUGCUUUGCUGUGUGAUUGUGCCACAAUUUAGUGUAUAGAAUGUCUUAAUUCCAAUCACGCUUAAACAUGAAAUCUACAAGAGUGAACAUGAAGUCCUGCUACAUGAAACACUGUCAUUAAGUGGAGCAACACUACCAGUAACACAGCAGCCUUUUUACCUGUACAGUAAUCUAUGUUAACUGUGAAGUCCUAGGGUCUGUACCUCUGUAUUGCCGACAUGGUGUUGUAAGGUUCUAAAAUCAUGACAUUCCCAGCAGUCCAGUGAGAGACCUUUCAUACUCAUAGGCUAUAGUGGUACAGACUAUACGUGGUUUAGUGUUACCAUUCCACCCAGAGUCUAGAAACUCACAAUUAGUUCCAAUGGUGUAGGUUUUGUUAGUCUCAGAAGUUGGACGAGUCCCUGCCCUGUUUCAGGACUACCCUUGUUGGAAAUGUUAUUUAAUCCUGUAAUCCUGGGGUGUGACAAGUGCAGUGUUCCUUUCACCGUUACAACAAAAUAAAAAGUCAAGUGCUAUGCCUAGUGAUUGAAAUAACUAGCCUGUAUUCACACUGCUGUACUCCAUAUUGGAUCAAGUAACGGUGUAGGCUGUUGUCUUCUUUAUUCUGUUGUUUUGAGAGGGAGGUAAGGUCAGAAUAGUAAAUAACCUGCCCCAACAGCGAGUUGUGCAGUUAUGCAUUUAAAAAAGAAAUAGCCAUUGCUUGGUUACAACAAAUUAAAGAAAUCAGUAAAAUAUGCUAUACAUGUACUAAAAAAUACAAGAAUGUCCAAACCUAUGUCCAUACCUUAUUUACUUGUAUAAAGUUUAUACAUUUAUUAUAGUCUGCCCCAAUCCAGUUCUAUUAUUAUUAUUAUUAUUAUUAUUAUUUAUUUCUUAGCAGACGCCCUUAUCCAGGGCGACUUACAAUUGUUACAAGAUAUCACAUUAUACAGAUAUCACAUUAUUUUACAUACAAUUACCCAUUUAUACAGUUGGGUUUUUACUGGAGCAAUCUAGGUAAAGUACCUUGCUCAAGGGUACAACAGCAGUGUCCCCCAUUGGGGAUUGAACCCACAACCUUCUGGUCAAGAGUCCAGAGCCCUAACCACUACUCCACACUGCUGCUGUGUGCAGUUCUAACACACAAACUAAAAACACAAGACAACUGAAAAAAUAAUACUUCCAUACAUUGUUUUAUUCAAAUCAAUGAAAAUGAUUUAAAACUUCCAGCCACAGUAAAAUCAAUUUUAGAAAACAAGCCAGUCAGUCACAGUUCCUUCAUUAUUAUUUUUUUUUUUUUACAGUUAUACAAAUACACUAUGUGUACAGUUGUUUGGCAAAUUAUUUGCCAAACAACUGUACACAUAGGCAGGGGACAUUUACUUUUGAGCAUAUAGAUAGCACUAAAAAUGUGUGUUCAAAACACAUUUGCACAAAAGAAAUAAUACAUACUCUCACCAUAAAUGAUCAAAAUACACUAUUGCAACAGUCCCAAAAUUUUUUGAAAUUCAACUUAUUACACUGAUUUCCUUUUCUUCACUCUUUUUCCCCACAGUGCUACAAUAGUAGCCAGGAACAAAAUAAUAAAUUCAUCCUUUUGAGGCAAAACAAUAAAAUAAAAUACAAUAAAAUAAAUGAAGACACAUACACACUGCACCUUGAAACAUAACAAAGCAAACAGCAGUAGUCAGUAGCUAGGAUACUCUUUAUUUAAGUCCGGUGCACAUGAAAACUUGACCAGCCACUUUACAAGGAAAUACUCAUAUUUACAAGGCUUUCUGUAUCACAUUUAUAGAAAAGACUAUU